AUGCCCCCCACCAGAAUCUUUGGUCUCUGCUUGGAUAUGGUGGGGUAUGGGUUGUGGGUUGUGGGUUGUGGGUCGGUGGGUCUGCCCACACCUUAUCAAGAUCUUUAUAUAAUCGAGACAUGGUAUCAUAUCACCAUGACUUCACCACCUUACCCACUAAAUCCAGAAAUUGAGACCCUUCUCGAUCCCCAGUAUGUGGAGUUUUACAACAAGUACAUCAUUGACCAGCAACAGGUGCAUUUGCAGCCAAUUGAAAAAUCCAGAGCUUCUGGUACGUUGAUUCCUGGAGGUGGAACAAAAAGACCGGUUUCAAAAAUUGAAGAUUUCACAAUUGAAAGAACCGAAACUGAAGGUGAAAAUUUCAUGGUCAGAGUAUUCACUCCGGUUGGAGAUUCACCUUCGGGUGGGUUUCCUAUUUUUCUUUAUUUCCACGGCGGAGGUUGGGUUUUAGGUAACAUUGACACCGAGAAUGUCCAUAUGCACUUACUGGGCAGACAUUGGAAAGUGUAUUUGCGUCAGCGUAGAUUAUAG